UUCCUUACAAUAUGGCUGCGCCCAGGCACAAUUUACUUUGGGUGGUUUACGCUUGCUGGCUCCUGUGGCUACGGUCUGCAGAGUGCUUAGACGGCAACGAAGAAAAAGGAAAGCCCGGAGAAGAGGAGGAUCAAGGGGCAUGUGGUUGCAGCAACGGUCGGGCAAGCGGCGCGGAAGGAGCUGCACGGAAAUACUCUGUGGAGGCGAAUGUUUCCCAGCAGCCAAAUAAUCGCCGUGGAGACGACCGCUCGAAAAACGAGGGUAUGAAGAUGGUCCCUAUUCCAGCCGGGGUGUUUACAAUGGGAACUGAUGAGCCCAUUAUAAAACAAGAUGGAGAAGGGCCUGGAAGGAGAGUCCACAUUGGUCAUUUUUUCAUGGAUCGCUACGAAGUCAGCAAUGCAGAGUUUGAGAAGUUUGUGAAUGCUACUGGCUAUCUUACAGAGGCAGAAAGAUUUGGUGAUUCCUUUGUAUUUGAAGGCAUGUUGAGUGAAGAAAUGAAGAAGGGAAUUCAUCAAGCUGUUGCAGUUGCUCCUUGGUGGCUGCCAGUUAAAGGAGCAAAUUGGAAGCACCCAGAAGGCCCUGAUUCUGAUAUCUUAAAGAGGCUGGACCAUCCAGUUCUUCAUGUUUCUUGGAAUGAUGCUGUGGCCUUUUGCGCUUGGGCAGGAAAACGGUUACCAACUGAAGCCGAAUGGGAAUAUAGCUGCCGGGGAGGUCUUGAAAACAGACUUUUUCCCUGGGGAAACAAACUUCAUCCAAAUGGUCAGCACUAUGCAAAUAUUUGGCAGGGAGAAUUCCCUAGAAGCAAUACAGAGGAAGAUGGCUACAAAGGCACUGCAUCUGUAACAGCAUUUCCUCCAAAUGGUUAUGGCCUGUACAACAUUGUGGGAAAUGCCUGGGAGUGGACAUCAGAUUGGUGGGAAAUUAAUCAUUCUGCAGAUGAAACAUACAGCCCAAAAGGACCUUCAAAAGGGUCUGACCGAGUGAAGAAAGGUGGAUCCUAUAUGUGCCAUAAGUCCUAUUGCUAUAGAUAUCGAUGUGCAGCCCGAAGCCAAAAUACGCCUGACAGCUCAGCUUCCAAUCUGGGAUUCCGUUGCGCUGCUGACAGUCUGCCAGACUACUUAAAGUGACAAAGCUUGACAGCUCUGGAGAACAGAGAGAUCUCACCAGGUUUUGCAAAAAAAGGAUGCAGCCCGAAGAUUCUACAUUUGUCUUGCCAAAACAGAAGACUCUGGAAAUUCUGAAUAUUUCAGCCAGCAGCUUUUGUUUUCUUUGAUCCCUGGUUGCAUUUCCAUUUAAUGCGCAUAAAGUGAAAUAUAUUUGAUUAUUGAACUACUUUAAAUGAAGAACUAAAUCAUAUCAGUCAUAAUUUUGUUUUUUUAACAAAAGACAUUAUCACCAUUCAAAUGAUAGACCAAUUUACAGAAGUAAUUAAGUAUAUUAUAUUUAAUUUAAUAAUAUAUCUAAUUAAGAUGGAAUAGCACACAGUGGUUGUAGGAAGAAAAAAAAAUCACAGAUUACUGUGAUCCAAAGAAAUUUCAAAGCUGUUUGUAAUCAUAUUUGCAACAUGUUUAUGUUGCAACUGUCUUUCUUGUUCCAUUGGUUUCAAUGGGUUUUCAAUCCAAUUAAUGUUCAAGAUCAGUCAUUUUAAAAAUAAGCCAUUAUCCUGUUUUCUAGAAUAUACUGAUGUAAUUUAUGUUUGAAUUAGUAUGAUUUAUUUUUGCUUUUCAUGAAGAUUGUUUUUUUGAUAAUUAAUAAUUUGUUCGGCAGCUAUAGGAGAAAGCGUUCCUGACCCAUGUCUUUGCAGAUAAAUGGACCUCCAUUUUUCAAGCCUCAGUAUCCAAAUUUUGAGGGUCGCCUUUUCUUGCCCCCCUCCCCAUUGAAAGACUUCCAUGGGGCAAAUAUUUACAGUAAGUGUUGUUUUUAAUAGGCAGCUGCCUCCUAUGAGCACCUGGAAUCUAUGUGGGGCAGCAAAAAAAAACUCCCUCUUCACAAGGAUAAGAUUUGUAUUAGAUGGCCUCCAUUUUUCUCUUUUAAUCAGAUUAUAGGGCCCAAACAGUUGAACCUUACCUCCUCCCUUACCAGAAAUAAUAGAAAAUAAAUGAUUUUUAUUUAACAUAAAAUAAGUCUGUGGGAGGACAGGCUGCCUGCAAAAUAGCCAGCACCUGGGCUGCUGGAGCCCUGCCCCUUUAAGACUUCUCCCUAGAUAGCCCGGUAACUUGUGGCUAUAAAAGCUGAGCAUAGAGGCCGAUAUUGGUAUGAGAGGGUGACCUGGUUUGUGUUUGGGGAACUGUGGAAAUCUGAAGCAGCCUAUGGCAAAUAGAAGAGUUACUGUUCCUCAGAAGUAGAGCUCACAAAGAAAAUUAAUGGAAGAACAGGAGUUGUAUAGAAUUGGGGAAAAGUGGUAGAAUAAACAGGUAGUACUAGCUUUGACUGCUGGGGUGUGAGUUGCCUAGAGCAGGGGUCUCCAACCUUGGCAAUUUUAAGACUUGUGGACUUCAACUCUCAGAAUUCUGGGAGUUGAAGUCCGUAAGUCUUAAAGUUGUCAAGGUUGAGGACCCCUGGCCUAGAGGCCUGUAUUUGUGUUGGCUCUCUGGAGUUUUGGAGGCAGGCCACUAACCUGGGAAAUAAAUCCUUGGGGAAUAAGGUAGUUGUACCAGGAGGCUAGAUGUGUAUGUAAAAAGAAAGGGACAGCAACUCUGGUGUGGCUUGCCUAUACCUGCCACCUUGAUUUGACUAGUUCCAAUAGUCAUGAUGCUCUGGAGCUAAAUCCCAGGCCCAAUCAGGAAACAGACUCUUCAAAUCUUUGCUUCUCUGAGAACUUCCAGUGAACAACCUCUGGGGACAAGUUACUUCUAACGCCUUAUCACUGAAUCCCAUCUUGUCUCUCUCAAUUGGAAGAGGAGUUAUUUUAGGGUCCUCUAUGCCAGGGCUUUUCAAACAGUGGUACGGGUACCAUCUGUGGUACAUUGGCACCUGGUAGGUGGUACGCGACCAUCCUAGAAAAGUGGUAGUGGGGGAGGGGAAUGAGCUGAACCAGUGGCAGCACC